CCUGGCUGGAGUACGCGUGCGCUUGCUCAGCUCCCGGGCGAGCGCGAGCUCGGGCUCGCACCCCGCUCUCCGAACCCCGCCCGCUCCAUACCUACCGGCGGUAGCUGGCCCGGUGGGCUCGCGGGGAGACGCUCGCGCGCGCACGCGCACACGCCGCGGAGCGGAGCGCGAGACACCGAGGAGGGGAGUAAGUAGCAUCGGAGGAGGCGUUAGAGGAGGAGGCGGUGUGUGCGUAUGUGUAUGUUCUAUGGUGUGGCUCAUCGAGGGGCGAACCGAGGCUUGGAAGAGGACGGAGGAGAAGCGCAAAGAGUCAGAGUCUCCAUCUGCUAGAACCUCUAAUCUGGUUACUAUGGAAACAUGACCACAUAAAAAGGAAGUCCAUUCUGAUAAUUCUGAUACCUGAGAUGUAACUGGUCUGAAGGGUAGAACCGGGAAAUUUUUAGUGCCAACCUUAAUUACAAUGGCUACUGAUUCAGGGGAGCCAGCUAGCACAGAAGAUUCUGAGAAACCUGAUGGAGUUUCACUGGAAAACAGAGUUCAUCAGAUGGCAGCCACUUUGACAGUGGAAGCUAGACUGAAGGAAAAUGACAGUACCAUCUCUGCUGGGGGGGAAACUGUCGAAAGGAAGAGAUUCUUCCGAAAGAGUGUUGAUGACAAAGUUAUUGAUUCUUCCUCCAAAGAUGAGAGAACGAAGGCUACAACAGAGAUUCCAGGCGGAGAAAAGCUUCCUGCAAAUGUGCUAAGAGGUGAAAAAGAAGUCAAAUUCUCACAAUGUUCAAAGGCAACUUCCGAAUCCUCCAAAGAUUGUCUCAAGGAGAAAAAUGAGAAGGAAAUGGAAGAAGAAGCGGAAAUGAAGGCUGUAGCUACUUCUCCUAGUGGCAGGUUCCUGAAAUUCGACAUAGAGCUGGGAAGAGGAGCCUUUAAAACAGUGUAUAAAGGACUGGACACUGAAACAUGGGUUGAGGUUGCUUGGUGUGAGUUGCAGGAUCGGAAAUUAACUAAAGCUGAGCAGCAAAGAUUUAAGGAAGAAGCAGAGAUGUUAAAGGGUCUCCAACAUCCCAAUAUAGUUCGAUUUUAUGAUUCCUGGGAGUCUACAUUGAAAGGAAAGAAAUGCAUUGUAUUGGUGACUGAACUUAUGACAUCAGGGACAUUAAAGACGUACUUAAAACGAUUUAAAGUCAUGAAACCAAAGGUCCUAAGGAGCUGGUGCAGGCAAAUUUUAAAGGGGUUGCAGUUCUUGCACACUAGGACUCCUCCUAUUAUUCACCGGGAUCUCAAGUGUGACAAUAUUUUCAUCACGGGACCUACUGGAUCUGUGAAGAUUGGUGAUCUAGGCCUCGCUACCUUAAUGCGCACAUCAUUUGCUAAGAGUGUCAUUGGGACUCCUGAGUUCAUGGCCCCCGAGAUGUAUGAAGAGCACUAUGAUGAGUCUGUAGAUGUCUAUGCUUUUGGAAUGUGUAUGCUGGAAAUGGCUACUUCGGAGUACCCUUAUUCUGAGUGCCAAAAUGCAGCUCAAAUAUACCGUAAAGUAACUAGUGGCAUAAAACCAGCCAGUUUCAAUAAAGUCACUGAUCCUGAAGUGAAAGAAAUCAUCGAAGGUUGUAUUCGUCAAAACAAAUCUGAAAGGUUGUCUAUCAAGAACCUACUAAACCACGCAUUUUUUGCUGAGGAUACAGGACUGAGGGUGGAGUUAGCAGAGGAAGAUGAUUGUUCAAAUUCAUCUCUGGCUUUACGACUCUGGGUUGAAGACCCUAAAAAAUUGAAAGGCAAGCACAAAGACAAUGAAGCUAUUGAAUUCAGUUUCAAUUUAGAAAAAGAUACCCCUGAGGAAGUAGCCUAUGAAAUGGUCAAGUCAGGAUUCUUCCAUGAAAGUGAUUCCAAAGCUGUUGCUAAGUCCAUUAGAGACCGGGUGACCCUGAUAAAGAAGACAAGAGAGAAGAAGCCAGCUGGCUCUUUAGAAGAACGCAGGGAUUCGCAGUGCAAGUCUGUGGGGAGUGUUCUCCCUCCACCCCAGAAUACAACUCUGCCCCCUGCUCCUGCUCAGCACACUGCGGCUGAGUGUGAAGAAACUGAAGUCGAACAACAAGUUCGACAACAGCUUCUACAAAGAAAACCACAGCAGCAAUGCUCCUCUGUUACAGGUGACAAUUUAUCCGAGUCCGGAGCUGGAUCAGUUACACACUCAGAUGCAAGUCAGCCCAGCACAGGCUAUUCCUCGGACCAGGUGAUGGGCUCUCAAAUGGUUUCUAGCAUCCCACAGGCCGAAAUGAAUGUUCCAGGGAAGAUUUAUCCACCCCAGCAGCUAGUAGGACAUUACCAGCAGAUUUCAGGGAAGCAGCCACAGCUGGCUCAGCCCCAGAUUUUGCCUUUGGCUCAAGGUCAGUCCACUGUUUUGCCUGUACAUGUCCUUGGACCGCCAGUCUCACAACCCCUGGUGUCCCCAUUAACUGUCCAGAAGGUCUCACAGACAAAGCCUAUAUCCCAACCAGCUGCAGUUGAACAACAAGCAGUGCUUCUAAAACCAGAUUUAGUUAGAAGUUUGCACCAUGAUGUGGCAGCUGUGAAGGAAAACAACAACACCCCUGAUAAUCCAAGUGGAAAUGGCAAACAGGAUCGGAUCAAACAGAGAAGAGUGUCCUGUCCUCGACCAGAGAAGGGGACCAGGUUCCAGCUUACUGUCCUGCAGGUGUCAACCUCUGGAGACAACAUGGUAGAGUGUCAGCUGGAGACACACAAUAACAAGAUGGUCACCUUCAAGUUUGAUGUUGAUGGUGAUGCACCCGAGGAUAUUGCAGACUAUAUGGUUGAAGAUAACUUUGUGCUGGAUAGUGAGAAAGAAAAAUUUGUAGAAGAAUUGAGGGCUAUUGUAGGUCAAGCCCAGGAGAUUCUACAUGUCCACUGUGCUGCAGAAAGAGCCACUGGAGUUGACUCUGUCGCUGUAGAACCCAACAGUGGCCAAACAGGGUCAUCUGAACAAGCACAGAUAAAUUCUGCAUCCACUCAAACCAGCAAUGAAUCUGCUCCUCAGUCAUCCCCAGUUGGUCGGUGGCGAUUCUGUAUCAAUCAAACGAUAAGAAACCGUGAGGCUCAAUCUCCUCCUUCUCUUCAACAGUCCAUAUCUACAGUGCCUGGGCUCUAUCCACUUUCCAGUCCAAGAAAAACAAAUAAUAAGGAAAUGUCACAGGACACACUGCUCACUCUAGAAAAUAAUCCAUGCCAGCAUGCACUUUUCACCUCCCAGUCAGAACACAAGGAUGUGGCUGAUGGUAAGAUUUCUGAAUGUGCCAGUGUAGAAACUCAGCAGUCAGCUGUAAUUUAUCAAGUGGAAGAUGACAGGCAGAGAAUGGCACCAGUUGUUAGUAGUUCCGCUUACUCUGCUACUUCAGUUUGUACAGUUCCAGUGAAAUGUGAGGGACCCACCAACCAAGCAGGGACAUUUCUACCUGUGCUUCCCUGUCACCAAGCUGCCACUCAGGCUAAUGUACUUACUGCACCUUCUGGCGAGUCAACUCAGAUUGCUGGUAACUCUCUUAAAACUUCAGCAUUUAUUUCUGAUCAAAGGCCUCAAUCCUUAUCAGUGCAGCAGCCAACUGUGGAUGCAGAGUUUAUUUCCCAAGAAGGAGAGAAAACCACAGUGAACACUGAAGCAAGUUCUCCUAAGAAGGUCAUCCCCACUCAGACCCCCGGCCUUGAACCGUCUGCCCUUCUACCUACUACUGUCCUGGAAUCAGAUGGGGAAAGACCUCCAAAAAUGGAGUUUGCAGAUAACCGAAUUAAAACUCUAGAUGAAAAACUAAGAAACUUGCUCUAUCAGGAGCAUAGCAUGACUAGCAUCUACCCUGACAGCCAGAAGGACACCCAAAGCAUAGACUCUCCAUUUUCUUCCUGUGCUGAAGAUACACUCUCGUGUCCAGUGCCAGAAGUCAUAGCCAUCAGUCACUGUGGAAUUCAAGACAGUCCUGCACAGUCCCCCAGUUUUCAGCAGACAGGCUCUAAGGUUCUGUCCAAUGUGGCUGCCAGUCAGCCUGCUAACGUGUCCGUGUUCAAAAGGGACCUGAAUGUGAUUACUUCUGUACCCAGCGAAUUAUGUUUACAUGAGAUGUCCCCAGAUGCCUCACUUCCAGGGGAUCCAGAGGCCCAUCCUGCUGCUGUGCCAAGCGGUGGAGCCACUCGUCUGCACACAGGAGUGGAAACAGAUGAUGUGAUAUCCACAGUUGCUCCUGAUCCCAUUCCUCUGGCAGUAGAGUCCACAGCUAAUAGUAGGCCUUUGAGUAGAUGCAAAUUGAUGAGUGCAUCCUUUCAGCGGGGACGGUUCCAGGUGAUUACAAUCCCUCAGCAGCAGUCCGAGAAAGUGACAUGCACUGGAAUACAACACGAGUCAGCCUUCAAUGACAUGCCAAGCCAUUCUAGUGAAGAAGCUCCAGCCUUCACUGAAACAGCAAAGGCUCAGGUAGUAGAACUAGAACCUGCCACGCACAGUCCAGAGACUGUAUUUUCUCCUCAGAACCUAGAAGCUCCUCAUGAAACCUUUCAGGAAGUUAAACCAAUUCCUAAACCAGGAGACAGCUCAUCUUUCAGCACAGCUGGUGAGACUGAUGGAUCUUCUAUAACCCCGGAAAAGGAAUUGGAAGAAAACUCAGCGACAGGAAAUAGCAUGCAGUCUGGCUCUGAACUGCCACUCAAAGGGAGAGAGAGACUUACUGUUGAGAAACAGCUUUGCUCUGAUGGUGAAUUUUCAGCCACUCUUACUGACACAGGGAACUCUGUGGCAGAGAGUCAUCCAGAGAGCGAUCAGUGCUUAUCACUCGAAGCAGAAAGAACCUGUGCUGAGACAGAGAACUCAGUCUUCUAUUCACCAUCUUCCCCAAUGAGCAGUGAUGAUGAAUCCGAAAUAGAGGAUGAGGACUUGAAGAUGGAGCUUCAGAAAUUACGAGAAAAACAUAUUCAGGAGGUAAUAAAUCUUCAAACCCAGCAGAAUAAGGAGCUUCAGGAUCUCUAUGAUCGCCUCCGGGCAAUUAAAGAUAACAAACAUCAGUCAUCUGUGGUUUCUCUGCCAUCCGCAUCCCCAUCGCGUCGACCAAGAUCUUUAAGAAGCAAACUUCGAAGCCGCCCCCAGUCCUUGACACAGGUGGACAGUGAUUCAGCUGCUACAGAGAGCAUGGAAGAAAGGGAGAGAGAAACAGAGGAACAUGAACAUGAGAGACACACCAACUGGUUGCCUCUAGCACCCUCCCAGACCAGGGCUGGGGAUGGAGCCGACAACCGAGAUCCACCAUGUGCGGAGAGUAAUAUAGCAUCAAGCCAGCAAUCUCCAGCUAGUAAAAAAGGGAUGUUCACAGAUGACUUACACAAAUUGGUAGAUGACUGGACAAAGGAAACAGUUGGAAAUUCUCUUAUUAAGCCAAGUUUAAACCAACUUAAACAGAGUCAACACAAAUUAGAGACUGACAACUGGAACAAAGUACAUGAAAAUACUCCAUCUGCUCUGGGCUACACACCAACAUGGAUUUCUUCUCUGCCCCAAAUCCGUGGAGCUGUUCCCACCUCCUCACCACAAGGACUCCCACUCCCUUCGUUUCCGGGGCCAUUACCAUCAUAUGGAGUGUCCCAUGUCUGUCAGUAUAAUGCUGUGGGGGGGCCUGGUUAUCCAGUACAGUGGGUAGGAAUUCCCGGACCAGCUCAACAGCCUGUGGUCAUACCUACCCAACCAGGGCCACCGUUCCAGCCAGGAAUGAAUUUGCCUGCGUUUUCAUCGUCUUCAGUGCAGAAUCCAUCCACGAACCCUCCGGGUCCCAAAUGAAUCAGAGUAAAUGAUGAAUGAAGAAAAGGGAGCUUUUCUUCAAAGUUAUUUCCGGGACACCUAAGAUAUUAAACUUUCUUCUUCUUGGGUUCUGCCAUCUUUUCCUCUUUUGAGUUUACUUUCCACUGUAUUUUUUGGGGUUCCGAUGUAGUCUUUGAUAUAGCUCGUCAUUCUGUAGAACUGUGCAGUUUGUACAUAGAACACUGCGCACAGAAAUGUUUUUCACUUCAAAUCCUAUCCUCUUUGAUACUUGAUUUUUUAAAAAUACUGUUCAGAAUGCUUUAAAUGAGCUCGGCUUGAGCAUUACCAUUUCCAGGACACUUACCAUGAAUUGCUGAAAAGCCUCCAUUUUUUUACUGCUGCCAACCGCAGCUGGAUGAUACUUUUCUUUAAAAUGUAUAAAUACUGUUUAAAUUGAUAUUCCCCCAAUGUGGACAGAGUGAGAUCCUCCGACAACCGGAGUCUUAUGGGAUUCUUCACAUGUUUGUCUUAGGUUUACCUCUCCCAGAAGGCAGGGUAAUGCUGCAGGAAAUGUUUUGGUGUAUAAAAUUAGAAUAACUUUUGUCAACUAAUAUAGAACAUGAGCCCUUUUUAAUGUGAUUUUCUUCCCGUCUUCACAGCUGUAGGAGUGAAGCCUUGUUCUAGGUGAGGCGGAAAGAAAGGAUAAAAACAGAACUGUAACAGUUCCUUGAUUCUGCAGAUAAUGUAGCUGUUUUAGGAUUUCCAUAGUAAUUCAAAGCAGCUGUCUCCUUGUUUCUCAUGUGCACACUGCGUUGUUUUUGAGCAUCUGAGAGGCAUUGGUUUGGCUUGCAUUCUUUUGCAAGGGAUAUAUUGCAGCUGAUAUGAAUCUCAUUUGGGGGGAAUCUUUGUAUUCCUGACAAAGAGGAUUCAAGUCACACCUCUAUUGACCCAUUCUUCCGACGUGAAAUUUACUUGACACAGUAGGUUUUGUAGGUUUCAAGACUUACACAUGAAACACUGGCUUUACAGGGUUCUAAGAGAUGUGGGGUAUACACUGUCCUGCAGUGAAAUAGUAGAUCCUCGAAGUAUACUAUUUAAUUGCCCUUAGCUUUUUUUAUUGCCUUUUUUUUAGUUGUUAUAAUUUCUAGUUAGUAUCUGUAGCCUCUUAUAUUAUUUUUGCAUCAUCUUUAGAAUCUGUGAGAGGUCACUGUCAAGUUGCACUUUACUGGGUUUUAUCCAGUUUAAGGAGGAGGGGAGGCAAUGUCAAAAUGUACACUUUUGGUUUUCAAAGAAGGUUAACUAUAAUCAUCUUAAAAGGCUGGUCGCAGAGUUACCUAAUACUCAGUCUGUGAAACCCGAGUCAAAAUUCGUAAAUGGUAUUUACCCACCGCCACAUACACAUGUUUAAAAUACUUUUCACUCUUGACAAUUUCAAGGUGGUGUCUAGUGCACAUUUACCUUAAGAACAAGUUCUGUCUACUGGUAAACAUUCUAAAUUAUCACCCAAUAUUUCUGUUAACAGAUUUUCUUCCAUAUUCCACUACAAAUUUUAGCCCAUGAGCCUGCCAGGUAAUGAAGCAAACUUAAUGGGUGUACUUUUUUUUUUUUUUUUGCACCGUUUACUUUGUGACAUUCAGUGCCCUUUCUAAAUAGAUACAUGUCUUAUACUGCUUACCUGAGGAUUGCCCUCGCCAUUGUGAAGAUUCUGUCACUAUCAUUUGGGGCAUAUAGGGUAGCAUUUUGAGAAUUGCUGUUGGUAAGAGCCAAAGUUUCUUUUCAUAUGACAUGCUAGUUUGGAUGAGUCUUCCUAAAUCUUAUGGACAAAUUCUUCAAAUUCCUUACACAGUAUUGCUUUGCGAGUUGAAGUGAUUUUAGGACAGUAGUGUAAUGCAAAUGCUUGCAUUGCAGUGUUUACCAUGUAUACAAAAACAAUGUGCCUAAAAUUUGUAAUUCUUUCAAACUGCUCGUGUUUCAUUAGAUGAUUUGGAUUUGUGUGAUUGCAUUGAGGCUUAUAACUUAGAACAGCGGUCGCCAACCUUUCAGACCUCGCGGACCGCUGGUUAGUGACUGCUGAUCCAGAAAGUGAAAAUACUGCAGGUUUUAAGGUCCCUUCUUCUCUAGUCAAAAUCCUUUUUUUUUUCUUUUUAAAAAUUGAUUUUUGGAGGGAGGAAGGGAGAAAGAGAGAUGGAGAGUGACAGACAUCUAUGGGCUGCCUCCUGUAUGCACCCUGACUGCAGAUGGAACCCGGGUAUGUGCCCUGACCGGGACUCAAACCUGCCACCUUUCAGGGUCCAGGACAGCUCUCCAACCAACUGAGCCACACUAGCCAGGGCUCUAGUCACAAUUCUUUUAAACAGUGUACCUACCCCAAGAUGAAAAAAGCUCCAUGGAUAAUAUGCACAAUUACAUUUAUUAAUGGCUGCUCUAUAUCACAUGCCCCACGUUUUGCCACCACCUCUGUUUUAUGUCUGAUUCAUCAUUUGUUUGCCUGCAGACUUUUGCAGUGCCUUGUAGUAUUUAGAAUCUUUUCAGAUUUUUUGCUGGAAAGAAAAGUAGUCUUCUAAAGUUUGAAGAUGGUGAAUAGUGUACUGCCGAGUCCAUGCUGACUGCAGUGGUUGGGUUAACAUAUAUGUUAUGUAUACAUUGUGUAUAUGUAACGUGUGUGUAAGUUUAAAAAUGCAAAAAAAGUGACUUUGUGUGGAAAUGAAGAAAACAGUGUUAUUCACGUCACUGUGGGGUUUUUAUUUAUUUUUUCCAUUACUUAAAUGUUUGAUUCAGCUUAUAGUCACUUUGACUGUAAAUAUUGGCUAGUUUUCUAUAUAGGGAUUUUGCAUUAUUUCCUAACUUUUUGCUAAAUCAUAUAAUAGUGCUGUUUGCAUCCUUGCUGAGGUACUUUUCCAACCCAGAAAUAAUUAAUUAUUGAGGUAAAGCUCAGAAAUUCCCUUCUUACUUAACCAAGAGCCUACUGUAUAACAAGGGCCUUCUACCCACUUCCCAAAAACAAACUGUCCUUUUCAUUUUCCUUCUUGUGGGAGAGAAAAGGGUUGUAUUAUGUCAUCUGCUUGUACCGUUUAUUUGGGGGGGAGUCUGAAUGUCCAGCCACCAUGUUUACUUCUCAAAAUGCAAGUCUGACGAAUAGUACUGUACCUCCAUAUGUGCUAAUGUGAGCAUCUCUUCAUGAAUUACCUGCUGCUAUGUUUGUGAAGUUGGGUGUAACAUCUUAAGAAUAUGAAACCAGUAUUGGUGUAAAUCUAAUGAAAUUACCCUAUGUAUAUUUGUAGCAGUCUUGAUUCUCUGUUUAAGGUAAUUUGCUGUAAUAUAACCAAUAUCCAUUCUGUUUCUCAUCCUCUUCUUACCAGUUUUAUAUCGAGCAUGAAUUCUAAUGGUUUGACAGCAAAAUUAUCUGUGGAAGUUUAAAAGGCACUUUUCCGCUGCGAUUUUUAGAUUGAGUGUAGAAUGUUUUGAGUGUAGAGUAUGAUGGGAUGUAUCAUUUUAGAACCCCAGGUUUAAUUCCAGUCCAGUUGCUUUUGUUAAUCUACCUCGUUUUCAGUGCUGUUUGGGGGUGCACAAGUAAACACUGCCUGUGAAACUUGCUUUUUUUUUUUUUUUUGCCUUGAUUCUCAGUAUUCUUUCAGGUUAUUAAUGUAGCCUGCCUCUUUGUCCCAGCGUUAACUCUGAAUUAGUGAUGAGGAGGACUAUCACUCUGCCACCAAUCUGUGUUUAAGUGAUGAGAGCCACGUGCAUCUCUGAAAUAAGCUUUGGGGAUUUGGGAGUGGAGAGCAGAUAAAUAAAUCCAGCUUGUGGCAGUAUAGAAAUUAGUUGUAAAAUGAGCAAAUGAUAAGAAAGUACCCAAAUUAGACAGUUCAGUGCCUGUAACUUUGCGUCUUUUAUUAGAGAUGCGUUUCUUAUCUGUGUGCCUAAAGGGCUAUGGGUGAAACUGUUUUAACUACCACAGUGAAAUAGCUUGACAAAUCCUACAUCGGUGGCCUGUCAUUCAGCAUAUUAGCAUCUGCGAGAUAUUUGCAGUGAUGUUUUGUUACCUGGAAAUAGCUGUAUGCUUUCACUUGAAUUGUAGUUGGUGAUAACUUGUUCCAGUCUCUAAAGUUUAUUGGAGGCAUUGACUUUCUUUGCUGUCUUUUCCAAGUGUUGAAAAUGAUGCAUUCCUUUUUCCCAAAAAAAACUCAGCAAAUGUUUGUAAACCACAUGGUCCUUGUUCCACAUGUUUACUGUGUGCAACACUACAGCAUAUUUCAUGGUAGCAAAUACUGUAUUUCAGGCUUUGUGCACAAGUACAUUCCUGAGGUAUAUGUGCCAUUGGUUUGGGAUUCAGUUUUUUCAUCUUUUUGGUUCAGAAAAAUUUGUGGUGACAUGUGGGCCGUUUUCUGGAAUAGAUUGUUCACAUUUCAUUGUUUAUUGAUGAAUUGUUUCUCCACCCGAUGAACCAGAAGGGGCGGGGGACAUAGAAAAGAUAAUUAAUUGAUUUGGUAAAUGUAAUUUCUGGGAUUGACAUUGUUUUCUUAAAAAAAAACACCAGACUAUAAAAUGGUGACAGUCAAACUUGCUAAAAUCCUUUGAAGUGAAAUUAGCAUGAAACUUUAAUGGAGCCAAAUGCUUUCAGGUCACCCCGGAGAUAGUUUUACAUGUGAAGGAUGAACACAAACAUUGGUCAGGUCUUGACAGCCGACAUAGGCAGGGGCCUGGGAUAGUGACUGGGUUACACUGAAGUUAUUUUUAACUGAGAUAGCUAACAGAGUGUACACACCACCAGCUCCCAUUCUGGUAGGUUUUCUUUUCAUUUUCAACAAGUUAAAAAGGCUGAAAGUCAAGCAAGAAGGGAAGAGAGAAACUGGGCUCUUGAGAAAAGAAAGUGCCAGUGUAAAAUAAAUUCCUAAUUGUGUGCUUGUCAUCCUUCCAGUUUUUUUUUUAAGUUGCAUUUCUUUUUUACUAUGUUUUAAGAUUUCAGAUUGAGAUUUGUGGUCCAGAACAUACCCUCAGCAGAAAUAGUGACUGAUCGGAAAGUGCAGUUGUUCAAGGUCUGCCAUGCUCAAUCACAUAAAGCUUCGUUUGAUAUGAAUAUUAAGCAUGUAGACCUAGUUCAGCAUGGGAGCCACUCAGGAAGUUUAUGCAAUUAAUGAACUUUCAUGCAUAAUUUACUAUGAAUUAUACAGAAUUUCAGUCACAUCUCUACAUUUAACAUUUAGUUGUAUAUGUGAACUCUUUUUUUUCAUCGAUUUUUUUUUUUUUAAGAGAGGGGAAGGGGAAGAGAGAGAGAGGAACAUUUAUCGGUUGCCUCCUGUACACUCCCCAACCGGGGAUUGAACCCGCAACCUGGAUAUGUGCCCUGACCCGGAAUCCAACUUACCACCUGUUAGUGUACAGGACAAUGCUCCAACUAACUGAGCCACACCGGCCAGGGCUGAACUCUCUUUUCUUAAUUGGGGAAUGUAGCAUUAUAUAGAAUGUUGUUAAACUUCAUUUUAAUCCUUGACCUUAACUUUUCUUUUCUUUUUUGGGGUAAACCAAGUGAUCUGCCUUUAAGCAGCUGUCUUAUUUUGGUUAUUUGAAACUGUGAUUUUUAUUUCAUUUGUACCCAACCAUUGUAAGUAUUUUGUUUCCUGGAAAUUUUGUUUUCAAACAGAAAAUAAAGGCUGUGUUAAAAUGA